AUGGAUGAAAUGGCUGUUGAGAGAGCGGUGGGGCCACUGAUAGACGAGGUCAAGGAGGCGGUGCUGGCAGCAGUGAGAGAGGAGCUGACUGAACGCGAAAGGGUGGUGAAUGAGUUGCGGCACAUGUUGAUGGCUGUGGGACAGAAGGAUCAGGCGACUGCUGCUGUGGUGAAGGAGAUGGAGGGAGAGUUGGCUGCAGUGAAGGGGGAGUUGGCUGCAGUGAAGGGGGAGUUGGCUGCAGUGAAGGGGGAGUUGGCUGCAGUGAAGGGGGAGUUGGGUGAGCACAAGCAGUCGACUACAUUGCAGCUGGAGGAGGCUGAGAGGAGACGAGUGGCUGAGAUGAGGGAGAUGAGAGGGCAGGUGGAGGAGAGGGAGAGAGAGCUGGCAGCAGUGAAGGGGGAGGUGACAACAGUGAAGGUGAAGGUGACUGCAGUGAAGUUUGAGGUGGAAAAUCUGAAGUCUGAGGUGAAUACAAUGAAUGGGGAGGUGACGGCAGUGAAGGGGGAGGUGACUGCAGUGAAGGGGGAGGUGACUGCAGUGAAGGGAGAGGUGAGUGCAGUGAAGGGGGAAGUGAGUGCAGUGAAGGGGGAAGUGAGUGCAAUUAAGGGGGAAGUGACUGCAGUGAAGGGAGAGGUGAGUGCAGUGAAGGGGGAAGUGACUGCAGUGAAGGGGGAAGUGACUGCAAUGAAGGGAGAGGUGACUGCAGUGAAGGGGGGAGUGACUUUAGUGACGGGGGAAGUGACUGCAGUGAAGGGGGAGGUGGCUGCACUAAAGUGGGACCUGACUGCUGCAAAUGGGGAGAUAACUGCAGUGAAGGGAGAGGUGAUUCCAUUGAAGGGGGAAUUGGCAGCUGUGAAGGGGGAGGUGAGAGCAGUGAAAGUGGAGGCUGCUGAACACAAGCAGGCAAUUAAGUUGCAGUUGGAGGAGGCUGAGAGGAGACAAGUGGCGGAGAUGAGAGGGCAGGGUGAGGAGAGGGAUAGGGAUGUGAAUGCAGGGAAAGCGGAGCUGGAUGCAGUGAAGAAGGAUGCUCUCAUGAACAUGAAUGUUGACUUGAUAAUGUGCGAGGAGUUAGUCCAACAGAAUGUGCGAGUCCUGAUGCUGGAGAGGGGGAAUGUUGCCUUGGAGAAUGAGGUGAGUGCGUUGAAGCGCACACUGGGUGUUUUGGGAGAGAGGAGUGUAGCGACUGCCGCUGUGUUGGAGGAGAGGGGGAGAGUUUUGGCAGCAAUGAGAGGGGAGCUUAUUGGAGUGAAGAGGGAGUUGGCUGCAGUGAAGGGGAAGGUGGAUGAACACAAGGGCGCGAUGACAGAGCAAUGGGAUAUGGUCGACAAAAGAAGGGAAGCGGAAUUGAGAGAGCUGGGAGAGGAUUUGGCAAGGGGGAGGGAGGAGAGGAGGAAGGAGUUGCAGGAGUUGAAUGGGCGUGCCAUGGGGCCACUGAUUGAAGUUUUGAAAGAGGCGGUGCUGCCAGCAGUGAGAGGAGAGCUGGCCGCACACAAGGAGGAGGUGAAUGAGUUGCGGCAGAUGUUGAUUUUUGUGGAGGAGAGGAAUGAGGCGACUGCUGCUGUGGUGAAGGCGAGAGAGGGAGAGCUGGCUGAGCACAAGCAGUCAACAGCAUUGCUGCUGGAGGAUAUGCGAAUGAUGAGACAGGAGCUCGUUGCAACACUGGCUGCGGUGAAGGGGGAGGUGGGGGAGGUGAAGUGGGAGGUGGGGGAGGUGAAGGGGGAGGUGGGGGAGGUGAAGGCGGAGGUGGGGGAGGUGAAGGGGGAGGUGGGGGAGGUGAAGGGGGAGGUGGGGGAGGUGAAGGGGGAGGUGGGGGAGGUGAAGGCGGAGGUGGGGGAGGUGAAGGGGGAGGUGGGGGAGGUGAAGGGGGAGGUGGGAGAGGUGAAGGGGGAGGUGGGGGAGGUGAAGGCGGAGGUGGGGGUGGUGAAGGCGGAGGUGGGGGAGGUGAAGGGGGAGGUGGGGGAGGUGAAGGGGGAGGUGGGGGAGGUGAAGUGGGAGGUGGGGGAGGUGAAGGGGGAGGUGGGGGAGGUGAAGGGGGAGGUGGGGGAGGUGAAGCGGGAGGUGGGGGAGGUGAAGGGGGAGGUGGGGGAGGUGAAGGGGGAGGUGGGGGAGGUGAAGGGGGAGGUGGGGGAGGUGAAGGGGGAGGUGGGGGAGGUGAAGGCGGAGGUGGGGGAGGUGAAGGGGGAGGUGGGGGAGGUGAAGGCGGAGGUGGGGGAGGUGAAGGGGGAGGUGGGGGAGGUGAAGGGGGAGGUGAGUGAGGUGAAGGGGGAGGUGGGGAAGGUGAAGGGGGAGGUGAGUGAGGUGAAGGGGGAGGGGGAGGUGGGUGAUGUGGAGGGGGAGGUACGAGGGGUGAAGCGGGAUCUGGCUGCACUGAAGGGGAAGAUGGUUGAGGUGAAGGGGGAGGUGGGUGAAGUACAGGGGGAGGUGGGUGAAGUACAGGGGGAGGUGGGUGAAGUACAGGGGGAGGUGGGUGAAGUACAGGGGGAGGUUGGUGAGCACAAGCAGUUCUUUUCAUUGCAGUCAGAAGAGGGCGAGAGCAGUCGAAUGGCUGAGAUGAGGGAGAUGAGAAGGCAGGUGGAGGAAAGGGAGAGGGAGUUGGCUGCAGUGAAGGGGGAGUUCGCUGAGCAGAAGGAUGCUCGCAUGAAGAUGGAUAUUGACCUGCAAAUUAGUCAGAGUGAAGGCGAUCAGACGGCAUGGCAGGUGUGA